AGAUAUUGAGCUGCUACUUAACACACAUAGAGAUCAGAAAUAGAUGCUAUAGAGGCCGUGGGCAGAGAAAACUCUACUCUGAAGCUCAGGAAGCUGAGAGAAGGUUUGGUAAAAUGGGGAGCUGCAAUACAAACUGUGUAGAGAAGCCCCUCUCUCUGGGCUUUAGGAAGUUCGGACGCUGUGUGGGAAAAUAUCCGUGGUGUUUUUUUAUUUUGCCGCUUAUUAUAGCAGCUGGUCUCGGAGGCGGAUUUUAUUUUCUCUCUGAGCGAGAGUCGAACGACAUCGAGGAGCAGUUCACACCAAAAGAUGGUCUCGCCAAAGCAGAGAGGACUUUCGUAAAAGACAAUUUCCCAACAACACAGGCUUUCUCUCAGCUCCGGCUGUACACCGAAGGCACAUACGCCUCGCUAAUCAUCACGAGCAGUGCUAACAUUUUAACAGUAGACGCUUUCCGAGAAAUCCUUGAUUUGGAUGGAAAGGUAAAAAAAAUCACUGCAGGGAAUUCUUUGACUUUUGAGAGCCUUUGUGCCAAAACAGGCAACAAAUGUAUGACAAACAACAUCUUAAAUAUUAUCAACUAUAAUGCAAGUCAAAUUGCAGACACUGCUAUUAAUUAUCCGCUCAACAACAACGUGUUUUUAGGGACUGAAAUCGGUGGUGUGACUCUAAAAUCUGACAACCUCACAAUUGAAAGUGCAAAAGCUAUCAGACUCUAUUAUUUCCUGAAAGACAAAAUUACAAACGAGACGGACGAAUGGCUGCUUACGUUUCUGAACGUGUUCUCAGAGGAUCCAGCGUCACAAACGUUAUCCGUAUCAUAUUUUACUUCAAUGUCCAGACAGGAGGAAUUCAAGAAGAGUCCAAAAACAGUUAUAAAGUUCUUCUCUGUGACUUAUUUCCUGGCCAUUUUCAUCUCAGUUAUGUCAUGUUUACGGUUGGACUGCGUCAGGAACAAGGUGUGGGUGGCCACUUUCGGCGUGCUGUCGGCCGGUCUGGCCGUGCUGUCUAGCUUUGGAUUACUUUUGCUCUGUGGGAUGCCCUUUGCGAUGACUGUCGCCACUUCUCCCUUCCUGAUUCUGGGGAUCGGCGUGGAUGACAUGUUCAUCAUGAUCUCCUCCUGGCAGAAGACUAACGUUCACGAUGACGUAGAAAAGCGGCUAGCAAAGACGUACGAGGAGGCAGCAGUGUCAAUCACCAUCACCACGCUGACCGACGUGCUGGCUUUUUACAUCGGCCUCAUGUCAUCGUUCCCAUCGGUCCAGUCCUUUUGCAUCUACACGGGCACUGCCAUCCUGUUCUGCUACAUCUACAACAUCACUUUCUUUGGUGCUUUCCUGGCUUUUAACGGCAGACGAGAAAAGAGCAACAGGCACUGGCUGACCUGCAUGGUAGUGGACCAUCCAAAGCCUGACUCCAAAAACAGCAUCUGCUCAGUAGGGGGCGCCUAUGACCCUGUCACAGAAACAGAAGAGGAAAUGCCCGUUAACUCAUUCUUUAAGACACACUAUGGUCCAUUUUUAACAAAGCCCUGGACCAAAGUUGGGGUGGUGCUCAUUUACGCUGUGUAUCUAGCUGGCAGUGUCUACGGCUGCAUACAAAUGAAGGAGGGUAUAGAGCUGAAGAACUUAGCACCUGAUAACUCGUAUGUGGCCAAAUAUUACGAUAAUCAAGGCGAGUACUUUUCAGACUUCGGUCCCAACGUCAUGGUGGUUAUUAAAGAUGACAUGUUUCAGUAUUGGAACGAAAGUGCUCGUCAGGAGCUGAACACCUGUCUUGAACAGUUCCAAAAGCUAGAUAUGGUAGCUACAGACAUGACCACCUUCUGGCUCAGUUACUAUUUGCAGUAUGGUGAAAAAGUGAACGUCAGUCUUUCUGUCAAGUCAACGUUCUUCAGUAAUUUACGUCUAUUCCUGAUAGUGUCAGGGUUCAGUCAGGAUCUUAACCUCAGUUACGUCUCUCAGCGGAUUUAUGCCUCUCGAUUUUUCGUCCAGACCGUGAACAUCAGAACCGCAGUUGAUGAAAAGAACAUGCUGAAUGCUUUCAGGCAGACCGCUGAGGACUGUUCAGUUCCAUUGCUGGUGUACCACCCAGCGUUCAUCUAUUUCGACCAAUAUGCCGUCAUCAUCAGCAAUACGAUUCAGAAUGUUUUAGUUGCUACUUUGGUCAUGCUCUGCAUUUCUCUCCUGUUGAUCCCUAAUCCCUUGUGCUCUCUGUGGGUGACGUUUGCUAUCGCCUCCGUUAUUUGUGGAGUGGCUGGCUUCAUGGCGCUGUGGGACGUCAACCUAGACUCCAUAUCCAUGAUCAACUUAGUUAUCUGCAUUGGCUUCUCUGUAGACUUUUCCGCUCACAUUUCCUACGCUUGCGUUUCGAGCAAAGCUAAUACAGCAAACGAGAAAGUCAUUGAUGCGCUCUACAACCUUGGCUAUCCCAUAAUACAGGGAGCCGUCUCUACGGUUGCAGGUGUAGUUGUUCUGGCUGCCGCUGAGAGCUACAUUUUCCGAACCUUCUUUAAGAUCAUGUUCUUGGUCAUCUUGUUUGGGGCGCUUCAUGGACUCGUAUUCAUACCGGUGUUUCUCACGUUUUUCGGAAUUUGCUGUAAGAAGUCUGAGGUCACAAACGACAACGAACCAAUUGAAGAGCUGUCAGAACGUUCUAGAAGCGCACGGAUCAAAGAGAUGCAUGCGUACGAUAACCCAUACAUGAAUUACAAACGUAGCUAAAGAAAUGCUGAAGAUUCUCUACGCUGGUUUUAUACCUCAAACCAGGAGCUGGUGAAUGAUCGUCAGUUUGAUAUGCACAAAGGCUGUUUACCUUACAUGGCUAAAACUGUGUGUCCUUCCUCUGAGCACUGAGCACAUCAGAUCUGCUAUAUGAGCUUCCAGAACUGUUUAAGAAAACUAGCGAUAAAGAUCCUUUCACCAUCUGGGAAAACAUCGAAGUGUAUGAACUGUAUGAGAUAUCCUUACACAUAUUUAUUUUGUACUCCUUAUGAAGUAUUACAGUGGGGUAUUUCAGCAAUGCUACAGAAAAAAAAAUAGUUUAGUAUCAUGACCAUUUUUUACGAAAGGGAUGUGUGGUUCUCUGUGGUUCUUUAUGGAACCAAAAGUGGUUCUUCUAUAGCAUGCCUCAAAGAACCCACUGUAAUACUUUAUUUUAUUAGCACUUGUUAAAUGUACUGUACAAAUGCUGUAAAUAUGCCAUAUGUAUAAGUAUAUUCCUUGUAUUGUUUGCUGUACAAUUAAAUCAAUGCUUAAUGAUGA